AUCCAACCGCCCAUCUUAACAUCGUCGUCGUCAUCAUCGUCUCUUUCUCAAAGUCCAUCACUUUCGGCUGUUCUCAGUCCACCAACAGUGGAGUUGCCGGCCGUCUGUCUUUAGUAUCAUCGUUUCAAGUCUCGCUGACCGUAUGCGCAGUCUUUCGCCGACCGAAGUUUUACCUGAUCAGUCAGCAACGCGCCAUCCGUCCUUUCAACGCCUGCCUCAUUCCACCAUCUAGCCUCGGCGGGACUUCGUGAUCGCGAAAAGAAGCAUGGCUCCAGAAAAACCACUCCCCGUGGAGACCUUGCUCCCUUUCAGUCAUAGUCGCUCACCAGAAACACUGUCAUUUUUGCACAACACUGAUCGCCAAGAUUCGAAUCUCAACGACGAGUCGCCCGACAGCCCUGACGAUGACGAAGUUUCCGAAAAUGGCACAGUGAAGCCCAAGCGAGCGAAACGCUCAAGAGCCUGCGUCGCCUGCCGGAAUAUGAAGAUUCGAUGCCUUCCUGUCGAAGGCCAAGAAGCAUGCAAGGCUUGCUCCAAAGUCAACCGCGAAUGCGUCAUGCCCGGACCACCACGAAAACGACAGAAGACUGUCCACAAAGUCGCCGAAUUGGAGAAAAAGAUCAAUGCCCUGACAGAUGCUUUGUUAGCAAAACAACAGGCCGAGCCGUCCCCGCCAGAAUCGACCGAGAAAGACCAGCUCACCAUUGCAAGUUCGGUAGCAUCCAGAGUGGAUGAUAACUACAUCGCGGACACCAAACACCUUACACAGAACCUUGUGACCAAAUUGAUGGAUGUGCCAGACAUGCGUUCGGUCAUGCAGCCUCUUGAUCUCUCGACAUCUUGCCGUGGUCUUGACCGAGAUCUUCAGGCAAAGGACAACUAUGUCGAUGUCAUUGCACGAAGGAUAUUGUCGAUGGACAAUGCUGUGACGGUGUUUGACUAUUGGGCUCACGACAUGUCUACCACUUGUCCGAUUGUCAUUUUCGCCCCAGGCACGAAGGCACAGGAAGUUCGAGAACGACGGCCGAUGACAUUUUUGGCAAUCCUAGCUAUUUCUAGCCCCGUCUGUAUGCCCUCGGUCCAGCAAGAUCUGACGGUCGAUCUCGCCCGGCAACUCUCGGAGAGGGUCUUGUUCCAUGGAGAAAAGUCCGUAGAUCUUAUCCAUGCCUUGCUUCUGCAUGCGUCAUAUUACAUUCGACCUCGGAACGCCAGAGACUUGGCCUUCAAUCAGUACAUCAACGCAACAAUCGUCAUGUGCUACGAGACAGGUGUCGGCAAGAGAUCCCCACUCCGUCGAGUUGUGCCUCUGGCUGAGAAGAUCGAAAGUGCGAGGGCCUGGUUGUCGGUCUUCCAUGCGAGCAUAAGUACCUGCACAAUCAUGCGCACGCCAUCAAAUGUCAGAACGGAUGCACGUUUUGAAGAAUGUUUGCACAUUCUCGAAAACGCUCAGGAUGCUCCCACCGCUAACAAGUGGCUGUGUGCGAUGGCGAGGCUGGGCCGUAUAGCACAAGAGGUCAACGACUCGUUCAACAUGUGCGAUCAUGGCGCGAAUCUUGACUUUUUGGACUCGAGAACCCAGUACCAACUCAAGUACUUCCAACGUCAACUGCAAGACUGGGAGAAGUCGGUGGACGUCGACGUGGACAAACGACUUCUGAUUCACCAAUCGUCUUGUAUCAAUCUGUACAUGCACGAGAUCGCCUUGCACCAAGACCACAUAGGGGAGGGCUUCCAUCAUACUCAUUUGGACUGGGAUCGGAAAGAACCCCACGCGAUGACUUCUCUGCACAUCGAUGCCCUGACGACACUACUACAGAGCAGCCACAAGAUACUUGAUACCUACCUUUCCCUCGAGGUGUCCCAUGCCAGGUCUCUUCCGAACCUGUACAUCGUAUGGAACGCCUAUGCCAUGGUGAUACUGAUCAAAAUCCACUGGGUCAUAAACAAUCCAGAUUCGAAGAUUGGAAGCAUUUUUGCAGCCGAAAUCCGGACGGAGUUCUAUCUGGACGCCAUGCAGUCCAUGUUAAACGAGCUCUCGGCCGACGGGCACAGUCCCUGCGCUGAAGCAUUUGGAUUUGUGUUUAAGAAGCUCAAGAUCUGGCACUAUCAUCGUGGCGGACUCAAUUCAGACGAUGAGCAAGGCGAUCCGGUGAAUACCGAAAGAUCACGGCGCCAACGCCAAUCGCAGAUUUUCCAGGCGGAACCCAUGUCUUUUCUGGCGUCUGUCAAGGCUGCAGAUCUUCUACCGACAUCCACUUCGAGUGCUUCAGGGAUGCAGCAGUUGCAGGAUCCGGCCAACUAUCCGUUGCCGACUCUGCCUCAUCAGCGAUUUGCGGUGGCCGACACUUUAGGGUCGAAUCUGAAUGCGGCAUACGAUGCGGCGAGUUAUGGUAAUACUAAUUGGGACCAGUUCAACUUCAGCACUGCGGAAAUGGACAUGUUUGACGCGUACAUGAAUAACAGCGGGUGGAUGGGAUAUUUGCUAUGAUUACUACUGGUCUGGCAGAAGUUGAAUAAAUAUCAACGCCGUGGAUGCCAUGCAAUGCAA